GGCCGGGGCGGGCCGUGCGGGCGGGGGCGGGGACUCGAGCUCUCUUGGGGCUGCUGUUAGAGCCAGGCCAGCGCUGGAGCUGCUGUCACCCGUUGUCGUCGCUGCUUCCUUCGCUACCCUGGCGGUCACCAUGAACCCGGACCUGCGCAGGGAGCGGGACUCCGCUAGCUUCAACCCAGAGCUGCUUACACACAUCCUAGACGGCAGCUCGGAGAACACCCGGCGCCGCCGGGAAAUCGAGAACCUGAUUCUGAACGACCCAGACUUCCAGCACGAGGACUUAAACUUCCUCACCCGCAGCCAGCGUUACGAGGUGGCCGUUCGGAAGAGUGCCAACAUGGUGAAGAAGAUGAGGGAGUUCGGCAUUGCAGACCCCGAUGAAAUCAUGUGGUUUAAAAGCUUUGUGCACCGAGGGCGGCCUGAGCCCCUGGAUCUCCACCUGGGCAUGUUCCUGCCUACCUUGCUUCACCAGGCAACUCAGGAGCAGCAAGAGCGCUUCUUCAUGCCCGCCUGGAACUUGGAGAUCAUUGGCACUUAUGCCCAGACAGAGAUGGGUCAUGGAACUCAUCUUCGAGGCUUGGAAACCACAGCCACAUACGACCCUGAAACCCAAGAAUUCAUUCUCAACAGUCCUACUGUGACUUCCAUUAAGUGGUGGCCUGGUGGGCUUGGAAAGACUUCAAAUCAUGCAAUAGUUCUUGCCCAACUCAUCACGAAGGGAAAGUGCUAUGGAUUACAUGCCUUCAUUGUGCCUAUUCGUGAAAUUGGGACCCAUAAGCCUUUGCCAGGUAUUACUGUUGGAGACAUCGGCCCCAAGUUUGGGUACGAUGAGAUGGAUAAUGGGUACCUCAAGAUGGACAACUAUCGUAUUCCCAGAGAAAACAUGCUGAUGAAGUAUGCCCAGGUGAAGCCUGAUGGCACAUAUGUGAAACCCCUGAGUAACAAGCUGACUUAUGGGACCAUGGUGUUUGUCAGGUCCUUACUUGUAGGAGAAGCCGCUCGAUGUCUGUGUAAGGCGUGCACCAUUGCCAUCCGAUACAGCGCCGUGAGGCACCAGUCUGAAAUCAAGCCAGGUGAACCAGAACCACAGAUUUUGGAUUUUCAAACCCAGCAGUAUAAACUCUUUCCACUGCUGGCCACUGCCUAUGCUUUCCAGUUUGUGGGAGCAUACAUGAAGGAGACCUAUCAUCGGAUUAAUGAAGGCAUCGGCCAAGGGGAUCUCAGUGAACUGCCGGAGCUUCACGCACUCACAGCCGGGCUUAAGGCUUUCACCUCUUGGACCACAAAUGCUGCUAUAGAGGCGUGUCGGAUGGCUUGCGGUGGGCAUGGCUAUUCUCAUUGCAGUGGUCUUCCAAAUAUUUAUGUAAAUUUUACCCCAACCUGCACAUUUGAGGGCGAAAACACUGUCAUGAUGCUGCAGACAGCUAGGUUCCUGAUGAAAAGUUAUGACCAGGUACAAUCAGGAAAGUUGGUGUGUGGCAUGGUGUCCUACUUGAAUGACUUGCCCAGUCAGCGCAUCCAGCCACAACAGGUAGCAGUCUGGCCAGCUGUGGUGGAUAUUAACAGCCCUGACAGCCUGACUGAAGCAUAUAAACUUCGUGCAGCCAGAUUAGUAGAAAUUGCUGCAAAAAAUCUUCAAACAGAAGUGCUUCACAGAAAGAGCAAAGAGAUAGCAUGGAACCUAACUUCUGUUGACCUCGUUCUAGCGAGUGAGGCACAUUGCCACUAUGUGGUGGUUAAGCUCUUUUCAGAAAAACUCCUCAAAAUUCAAGAUAAAUCCAUUCAAGCUGUCUUAAGGAAUUUAUGUCUCUUGUAUUCUUUGUAUGGAAUCAGUCAGAAGGCAGGGGAUUUUCUUCAGGGGAACAUCAUGACAGAGUCUCAAAUCACCCAAGUAAACCAGCGUAUAAAGGAGUUACUCACUCUGAUUCGCCCCAAUGCUGUUGCUUUGGUUGAUGCAUUUGAUUUUCAGGAUGUGAUGCUUGGCUCUGUGCUCGGCCGCUAUGAUGGGAACGUGUAUGAGAACUUGUUUGAGUGGGCGAAGAAAUCUCCACUGAACAAAGCAGAGGUCCAUGAAUCUUACUACAAUCACCUGAAGCCACUGCAGUCCAAGCUCUAAAGUGUCAUAAGGACAAGUUUAAUCUGCUCCAGAACAGCUGUAUGCAGCUCCCUUUAUACCUGAUACACAAACCUGUUGUAGAAUCUUUAUCAAAUUCAAAUACCCAGAGCAAAUGAUAAAUUGACCCCUUUCCUCUUUUUAUAAAUGAAGAGAAAAAAUGAACAAAUUUCAGAGAUUAAAUGAACAAAACAGAUGUUUUAAGUGCAAUUGACACUGAGAAAGAUGUGUUAAGCAUUCAGAAAAAGUUUAAGAAAUGCAGUAUGACUUUCAUUUGCAAUGCUGCUAAUCCCAGUAGGCUGUGACUUUGAUAAUUAGCAGAGUUUAACUACUAAGUAGUUAAUUAUUUUCACAUAUUAAUUGCUAAUCACUGGCUAUUUUUGAAGUGGGUAGAACCUGUCUCAGCUUUCCUGCUAAAUAUGCUACCACUCCUUCCGUGGGGCUACAGAGCAAGACUAAAGAAAAGGGAUUCUAGGAAAGAAACUAACCAGAAAAUGUAAUGUUAAUUUGUGUUAGAUCUCGUUUCUGCCUGCUCGCCUUCCUUUGCCGAUGGAUUGCGUCUACCUAGCUAUUCAUAAUAGCAUUUUUGCAACAGAGGACUUCUUCAGCACAGGCCUGCUGCAGGACCAUCAUCCCGUGUAAUUAGGAAUUCAUCUUCCAUUGGAAAGAUCCCGAACUGUAACUCCUUUUGUCCCCAGCCUCUUGGGAAGGCAUAGGUAGCAAAGUUACCUCUACAUAUGACUUCCAGCAACUGCUGGGACCUCAAUCAGUGAUGUUUGAUCUCCCUCCAUCUCUAUCUUUCCCUCCCCUAAAGAGACAGGAAAGAAAGGAAAGAAGAAAAAUAUCCCAGUUCCUUCUUACUAGAACAAGUGUAGGGAGAAAUCUCAGCUGUGAUACUGUUGUGAAUUUAGUAACCUUAUUAACUAGAUUUUUUUUUCUGGGACAAAUAUUCUGUCAUCAUGGCAUAAGCCAUUAAUAGGAGGUUAAAGUAUUUGGCAUUUAAAAACUGUCCUCAGGUCACCUUAUACCCAGCAAUAGAACAGAAAAACCCUUUGACACAAACCAUGUGCUCUGAUUAUUGGUUCCGAAAAUAUAAUCAUUGCAACUACGGCUAGAGGAUAAAUGAAAGUUUCUCAGAUUCCAUUUCUUAUUGUAUACUGGCUUUGUCUUCAGUAUAUUCCUAGGAGCUUUAUCUGAAUUGCUAAAUUGUCCUUAAAGUUGAAAUCUAAUUUAUAUAAUCAUUCAUACUUAAAGCUUAAACAUGUAUCUAUCUCUUAAUGAAAUUUUUUCUUUAAAUCAGUGUAAAACAACAUAAGUUACUUGAAUUUGAAUUUUUUUGACCUGUUAACCUGUUUAUAUCUGUGACAUUUGCCUCACAAAACCAGUUGUUCUAGAAUCAAUCCUGAGAAUAUAGUAUAAUUCAGUGGAAACAUAAUAACCUGUCUCAGUACCUGACAUAAAAUCUGUCCCAGGAGAACUGGUAACAUGAGAUUUUUAGGUUAGAGCAGAAACACAGUAUGUUGACACAAGCCUUAAUCUUUCCGCUGUUAAGAUUGAGGGUUAACUCUGUAUUAAUCUCAUUUAAAUCUGUACAGUAAUUCAGACUCUGGAAAAUAACAAAGUAAAUUUAAAUGGCUUAAUACUGACCUUGUAAAUGUAGAAUUUAUUUCAAAAUUAGUGUUAAAAUACCUUAUUCACAGAUUAAUGUAUCUGUGGGAAGGAUCUGAGGAUGUUUGUAAAUGAUACCACCUAAGCCAUCUGCAUAGAUCUGGGAUCUAAGCAGCUUUGGGAUUGUAAACACUACAGAGCCACCUUCAAUCCAGCACCUUGAGUUUUUAUUUAAAACCUAAAUCUGACAUUUAAUACUAUUUUUAUUAACAUUGGAAUGUUUUAUCUUGAACUUUAUUCAUUGUAAUCAAAGAAUAAAAAUCUAGUGAAACCACA